ACGCGUUUAAAUUCCCUAGCUGUUCCCUUCAGAAAUGAAAAACAAAUGUGGAAUCUCACUAAACAUGUCGAAUGAAUGAUUCAACAAAAAGUGAAAAUUUGAAAUGAAUUCCAGAUAAGGUUGAGCCUUCUUCACCAAAAUUUGUGCAAAUAGUGUUUUUUUCUGUUUGCUCUGUAACAAAUGGCAAUUAUGGUAUCACCACCAUUGUCAUGUCAAAACAGUUGGUCGGAACAAAGAACCUUAUUUUAAUUCGUCAAAUGGCUUUUUAUCAAUAAUGGUCCAUUCUAAGAACAAUAUUAAACGCAAUUAGUUGCCCAUUCCAUCGUUGAAGAAUGUCAGGACGAGACAAAGCUGCUAGAAACGAUGACGAGCACAGUGUUGAGACACUUGCUGAAGUAUUUCGCUGUUUCAUAUGUAUGGAAAAGCUUCGAGAUGCUCAUUUGUGUCCUCACUGUUCCAAACUAUGCUGUUAUGUGUGUAUCCGGCGUUGGCUAACAGAACAGAGAUCUCAAUGCCCACACUGUAGAGCAACCCUUCAUCUUCAUGAACUAGUCAACUGUCGAUGGGUUGAAGAGGUUACUCAACAGUUAGACACCUUACAGGCUGCAGGGUUUACAACUACUAGGGCCGCUGACAAUGAAAGGGACAAGUGUGAAACACAUCAAGAAAAAUUGUCUGUGUUCUGUUGGACAUGUCGCUGUUGUAUUUGCCAUCAAUGUGCUCUUUGGGGUGGGACACACUCUGGACAUAUGUUCAAGCCUUUGGAGGAAGUUUAUGAACAGCACAUGAUGCAAAUCAAAGUAGAAGUUGCAAGACUUCGUCGUCGGUUGAUGGAACUAAUAAGUCUGGUCCAAGAAGUGGAAAGAAACGUGGAGUCUGUUCGAGCUGCUAAGGAUGAGCGUGUCCGGGAAAUAAGAAAUGCUGUAGAACUUAUGAUUGCUCGACUGGAUUCUCAGCUGAAGGCCAAGUUAUUGACUUUAAUGGGACAAAAAACUUCAUUAACUCAAGAAACUGAACAACUAGAAGCCCUUUUACUUGAAGUUGAACAUCAGUUACAUAGUUGCACUCGAUCAGAAUUGAUUUCUAAGAGUAGAGAUAUGUCAGGGAUGAUUCAUCAGGUGCGGAAAAAGCCAAUGGCGAGUUUUGUCACUGCACCCGUACCUGCUGAUUUUCAAAGUGAAAUUGUCCCUGGAUAUGACAGUAGUACAUUUGUUCUUCAAAACUUCACACAAAUGCAGCAUCAAGCUGAUCCAGUUUAUUCUGCUCCUUUGCAUGUGAAUGGAUUGUGCUGGCGAUUAAAGGUCUACCCAGAUGGCAAUGGCAUUGUUAGAGGAAAUUAUUUGUCAGUUUUCCUUGAACUUAGUGCUGGUCUUCCAGAGACAUCCAAAUAUGAAUAUCGAGUUGAAAUGAUACAUCAGGGCUCAAGGGAUGCUAGUAAAAAUAUUGUCCGGGAGUUUGCCUCUGAUUUUGAGAUCGGAGAAUGUUGGGGCUACAAUCGUUUUUUCCGUCUUGAUCUGCUCGCCAGUGAAGGUUACUUGAAUACUGAAAAUGAUUCACUGAUUUUAAGGUUUCAAGUUCGGCCACCCACAUUUUUUCAGCGAUGCAGAGACCAGCAGUGGUAUAUUAAUCAAAUGAUCACAGUUCAGAAUCAGUAUAUGGCUCAGAUAAAUGAACUGAAAGAGCGCUUGAGUAUUGAAAUUGCUCGAAACAAUGCACUAACUGCCGCCCGUGCCUCUUCUGAGGGCUCUCUCAAUGCCAGUGAAAUUGCUGCAAAUUCUGUAGCUGUUGGCCUGCAGACGUCAUCAACCCAUCCGAGUCCUCCUUCAUCUGUUACUGGAAACUCAAAACAAAAUAUCAAACUCCGUGAUGAUAGUACAAACAGUCCAAGGUCAGAUCUGUGGCAAGCAAGCCUUGCAGCAGCACUCUCUACACAGGCAGCACCUGGGCACUCACCAGUGAAGAGUACUUCUAUUAUUGCUGCCCUCACUCUAGCUGAUACAGAAAUUCCAGAUGCCCCUCAGAAGCAAGAUAUCUUGAAAUUCACCAGCAGUAAAGUUACUGAAGCUACAAAAGUCAAACCGGAACAACAGACUGACUCUACAAUUGGUGGGAAACCUUUGUCUGCAUCCCUAUCAUCAUCUAAUUCAAAUGUUGCUGCAAGUGGCAGCCCAGAGAGCAGUGAUACUGAGGAAAUCAGUGAUGGGGAGGAAGCUGCACAGUUGGAUUCAACCCAAUGUCCGGUGGAAGAUAAUUCAAAUGAUGAGAAUGAUGUUGAUGAUGAAACAAUGUCUGGGGAUAAUGAUGUUGAGAUUUCAAUGGCUCAAAGGUUACUAUUUCGUGAACCAGACCAAUCCUUCGGAGCGCGAGCAGCAUCUGACAGCUUAGAAGAUGAGAUCAUGCUUCUUCAUCUUUUUGAAAUGCAGGAUAGAAAUAAUUCCAAUAAUCCACUGCCUGAAAGUUCUUCAUGGAUUCCAAGAUCUGUGUAUUCAUCAGGGUCUUCGAAUGGGUGCCCACAAUUAAUGCCAACAAAUGAUGUUGUAAAUUCAUUGCAUUUGGGUCUUUUGGAUUAUGCAGCAUCAUUAUCAUCUCCAUCCAGAUGCAACAAUAGGACAAAUAAUGCUGAACCGCUGUCAUCAAGUGCAUCUCCUACAGCUAUGCGAAAUGAUAACUCUCUGUUGACCAACGCAACUUCACCUUCCUCCAUUGUAUCAAACAUCCCCUCAUGCAGAGUUGCCAGCAAUGCACCAGGAGGGCCCUCUUGUGGCUCUGCAAGUGGUCCUGCUAGUCUUUCAAGCAUGUAUUGCAACACACCUAGUCAACCUGGAGCUACUCUUCCCCGAUUGGAUUCGGCAGACAAUCGUCCGACAUCGGACGCUCAUUUGACACCUCCAAAAUUAAUGCUUGGGAGCUCCCGUUCUCUUUUAAGACCGCUUCGGCACAGUCAUUCUUCCCGAAGACGUGCUGGUGCACAGCAUUCUCCUGUCACAUCUCCAAGUCAUAGUCACUCUGGCAUUGAAGGAGCAUCUUCAAACUUUGAUGCCUUUGAUCUGUGGCUGGAUUCUCUACGCCUUUCACCUGUGAAAUCUGACGAGUGGAAGCAGUUAAGGGAACUAUCCGAGGCUAGGGAACAAAGUCCCUCCCCUCCAUGCCAGAAUACACAUCAACCCCGCAACCUUUCUUUCUCCUGGAUGGCCUCAUCUCUUCCUCUGUAUUCAUCCCUCAAACCAGCACAAAGAGAUGUAACACAGGAGGGAGACAAAGAUACACUGGACCAGCCUGAAAAAGAUGACAGUUCUCCAGAAGAUAGACCGCCAAGUGCAUCUCCUUAGUUCUAAAUAUUGCUGCUGAUGUCUCUUCACAUCUCUAACCUUUCAAUGCAAUUUUUUAAGUUCUGUAAAUUAAUACUCAAUAAUUGUUGCUUCAAAGACAAUGGAUCCUACAUUAAGUUUGUAGAUUUAUUUUAUUUUGCACAUUUGGUGGGUAAAAUUAAUGUAAUGUAACAGAUAACAGUAUUCUUUCAUGACAGUUUAGUUCAUAGUCAUAGUAUUCAAUUGUUUUUAAUUUUUGAGGUCAAUUUUGACUGAAAGUCAGAGACUUUAUGCAUUCAUUAUUGUCAGUUUCUUUUAGGUGUUUGGAUCAUUAAAGGACAUAACUACCAUAAGCACGGUAUUGAGGAAUGGGGAACAUUGUAUUCUCAUAGCCUAUUUCUCACACAAGACUUCAUUUAUAACUGAGGAGUUGAUAGUUUGCCUCCUAUUUCAAUGAUUUUUCUCAGACAUUAGUAUGAUAUUUUCAGUUAAUUGGCUUGCCUGGAUCUGCAAAAUGAGAUGCAGGUACACUGACAUAUUCCUUUUUUCUUGUGAUAUAUUUGUUGGGAGGUGUGAUCAUAUUUAUUGAUAAACUAUAUCAAGACUAGGGUUUUCAUGUGAUCAUUCCUAUGCAUUUAAAUGCAAUACCACUUCUUUACUUAGGAUACUUGUAAGAGCAAAAGCUUGUUAUUGUAUUUACGUUGAUGGUUAAUGUUUCGUUGACAAGUGGUUGUACUUCCUUUUUACACGUCAGUUAAAUAAAUAUGAUAUUAAUAA